AUGUUUGUUAAUUUGACAGCUGGAGCAUUGUUUUAUGCAUCUGGUAAAGUCGUGCAUGGUUUUGGAAGAGGAUCAAAACAACUAGGAAUUCCAACUGCAAAUCUUGAAGAAUCUAUUGUUAGUGAAAUACCAGACUCAACUAAAAAUGGUAUUUACUUUGGAUGGGCUAAGUUGAGCAACACUCCAGUGUAUAAAAUGGUGAUGAGUAUUGGAUGGAAUCCUUAUUUUAAAAAUAUCAAGCGUUCUGUGGAAGUCCAUAUACUCCAUAUAUUUGAGGAGAAUUUCUAUGGUGACACAAUUGAAGUAAUUGCUCUUAAGUACUUCAGACCUGAAUAUGACUUUCCAAGCAUUGCGGAUUUAAUUAAACAAAUACAUACAGAUAUAUCUGAAGCUAAUUUAUUCCUUGAUAAAUCAGAAGCUUCAUUCUGGAGUAAACAUGAUUU